GUCAGUGCGGGCAGGGGUAGGAGGAGGCGGCGGAGGCGGAGCCGUGGCGCCUUAGACUGUGCGCCGGUCGCCGCUCGGUGGCUUUCCGGCCAUGAGCCCCCCGGCAGCGGGGCCGGGAGCGGGACCCGGCCCGGGGCCGGCGGACGGCGGGCGCUGAGCCAUGUCGCGGGCGGCGGGCGGCGAGUGCCGCAAGGAAGCGGCGGGCUGGGAGGGCGAGGACGGGCAGUGCGACUCGGGCAUCGAGUCGCUGCGCUCGCUGCCGGGCGGCAGGGAGACCCCCGCCGCGCCCGAGGGCCCCCCGGCCGCCCCCGAGGAGACCCUCGCCGAGGCCGCCGCCGCCGAGGAGCGGCUGGAUUCCAGCUACGGCUCCGGCGCCCUGCCCGAGGCUCUGCCCGGCCUGCCGGGGGCUCCGGGGGACCGUCCCGAGGAGCCGCCGCCCCGGCCCGAGGGGCUCAGCCGGCAGCAGCAGGCCCUCACCUACCUUUCGGAGGACGGAGACACGUUGGUUCAUCUGGCCAUUAUCCACUGUGUCCCAGCUGUAGCACUCUGCUGCAUCGCUCAGCUACCCAGGGAGAUGCUGGAGAUCCAAAAUGAUCUUUUCCAGACUCCGCUCCACCUCGCUGUGUACCUGGAGCAGCCCAGCGUGAUCCAGGCACUGAUCCACAAGGGAGUGAACCCUGGGCUGCAGGACCGUAAUGGCAACACCCCGCUGCACUUGGCUUGUGAGCAGCAGCACCUGCAGUGUGCCCAGCAGCUGCUGGAGGGCCCAGCCACACCAGAUGGCACGACUCAGCCCCGUGGGUACCACCAGGAUCUGCAGCUCCAGAACUGGCAAGGCUUGGCCUGUCUGCACAUCAGUACCUUGAAAGGGAAUAUCCCAAUGAUGUCUCUGCUGCUGGAGAGCGGCGCCAACAUUGAUGUUCGGGAGGGCACAAGUGGGAAGACCCCAUUGCACCUGGCUGUGGAAUGCCACAACCGUAAGGCUGUCCAGUUCCUGCUGCGCAAUGGGGCAUACGUGGAUGCCCAGAUGUACAACGGGUGCACUCCGCUCCACCUGGCUGUGGGCCGCAAGGAUGCUGCCAUCGCUGCCAUCCUCUCACACUCUGGGGCUGACACCCUGCUGAGGAACAUGGAGAACGAGACAGCUCAGGACCUGGCUGAUGGCAACGAUGAUCUCCUUGCCUUGCUGCCCUUCGAUGACCUGAAGAUCUCAGGGAAGCCUGUUGUGUGCUCUGAAUGAGCAGAUGGACUCCUUUGGCCCGUUGGGCUGCCUCCUUCCUCUGUGCUGCUGCCCUGCUGCCCACUAGGAUGUUGCCUGCCUGCAGUUCAGUGGGAGCAGAGACACUUUGGGAGACUUAUCCCACUGCCCCUCCCCUCUUUGGAAAAGUUUUCUUUGCCUCAGGCUGCCUUCCCAGAUGGAAGAAGGUGGCAUUAUGAGCACUACACAGGGGAGGCUUUUCUUUUAGAAUCUGUGUACUGCAGCAGGACUGAAUUUCCCCUCCCUGCCAUGAGUCUGACUUGUGGGGAUCUCCAGCAUACACAGGGAAGGAGUAGGAGAGGACUCAUUUUCACACUGUAGGCUGGACAGAGCAUCGUCUGGCACCCCGUCAGAAUAAGUGUGGGGUGAGGAGAGUCAACACUCACUCUAAUAAAUGUUGUUGCUGUGGGCA